AUGGCGGGAGCGCGCGCGGGGCGGACGGCGGGGCUGGCGCGCGAGGUGCUGGAGCGGGCGCGGCGGCGGCCGGAGGCACGGCUCCCGGGCACGGGAACGGAAGAAGAUUCGGAACGUCUUAGUGCAGCUUUCACGUCACUUGUGAACUUGAUGAAUCAAGCCACAAAGGAAUGCGAGAAGUAUUAUAGCUUCAUGGCAGCCUCUAGAUGCAAAGAGCAUGAAAUCAAACACAUCUGCAGAUACCAUCGCAGGCAAGUAGGGGAAAGAGAGCCGGAGUCCUCAGAAGAAGAAGAGAGGACUGAAGUCUCUGUAACACCCAGUCAAGCUCAAACUUGCCAGCAACAUGCUCUUGAGAAUUGCAUCAGCAGUAAUCAUCCAGCAGUUCUCCAGUCUCACCUCAUUUGUGCUCCUGACACAAUCCCUGUGCUGAGGAAAGGCAUGCAGCAAGGCACGGAGCAGUUGCUUAGCCAGUUAUGCUUGGCCCUCAUACAGUCUAUCUGAAGACUCCUGUUCCUCAAGGAGAAGAAAACUUUUUUUGUUUUUCAAAGCCCAACACCUCACCAAAUCAAUUUUGGGAACUUCUAAGCCACAAAAGAUGAGAAACAUGGAAUCUGUACCCCAGUACAAAUUAGUGGGAGCACCCUUGCUGUAUGGAUGUUUUCCAGGUUUAUGUUCAAAACCAUUUAGGUUGGUAACUUUCACUUUUGCGAAGCAGAGAUUACAGCAUGUUGAUUAUUUUCACUGAUAGAAACAUUAGAUGAAAUACUUUAAGUAAGGCACUUGCUAAUUUUUGUAUUGACAGAAACAUUUUACAGUUUGGUCCAUGCUGCCUGUAUACUUUGAAAAAUCCUAGUACAUUUAUAGAGCAACUGAAAUGUAUUUUUUUUUUACCCAAAUUCAAAAUGUUUAUUUUUGUGGGAAACUAAGAUGACUAAACAGUAAUGAAACUUUUGGGUUUUCCCCCCGCUAAAGACUAGACAAGCUUCUGAAGACAUCUACAUUGAAGUUUCUCCUGGCACCUAUUCUGUCACAGCAAUCUCAGAGGACAUGGUACAACAAACCCAUGUGGUAGAUGUCAAUGCAGGACAAAGUAUUAAUUUAACUUUUGUUCUAUGACAUUUGUUGUUUCUUGGCAAUCACAGGAAUAAAAUAUGAGGCUGUUCUAAUGCA